AUAUUUAUUUAAUGGGGGAUAAAAGAAUCGAUAAAUAUCUCUUUAAUCCCAAAGAUCUAAUUGGAGAAGGUUCUUAUGCUCAAGUGUAUAGAGGAAGAGAAGAGAAGACAGGAAUCAAAGUAGCUAUCAAAGUAUUGAAUAAAUCAGUCAUUAAUGCGUAUAUAUAUUUUAGACAUGUGUUAUUAGUGAUGAUUAUUUAAGAGAAGGUUUGAUUUCAGAAAUCAAAGUGAUGUAAAAAUUAAAGAGUCCUAAUAUUGUAUAACUUUUAGAUGUCAUGGAAACUAAUAAUAAUUAUUAUAUAAUUCAAGAAUACUGUGAUAGUGGAGAUCUAGAUAAAUUAAUAGAAAAGUAUCGAUACAUCUUAUUCUAGUUAUGUAACACAAAAAAAAACUAUGCCUGAAAAAGAUGCUGUUAAAUUUAUGAUUGAUAUUUUAAAUGGAUUCAUUUAGUUAAUCAAAAAUGGAAUUAUUCACAGAGAUCUUAAACCUGCCAAUAUACUCAUAGAUAAAGCAGUAUUCUUACUUACAUCAUUUAGACAUUCAAAUUAGCAGAUUUUGGAUUUGCUAAAUGUGUUGAUAAUUUUAAAAAGGAUAUGCUAGCAUCUCUCGUUGGAACACCAUUAUAUAUGUCUCCUUAAAUAUUAGAUAACAAGAAAUAUACUUCAAAAACUGAUAUUUGGAGUAUUGCGUUUAUUUUUUAUGAAGCAUUAUUUGGCAAAAGUAUUUUAUUUACUAUACAUAACUUCUAGCUCCUUGGACUGCUCGAUCACCAUAAGAAUUACUAAAAAAUAUUAGAAAUUAACCUCUCUAAUUUAAAGGACCUUAAAUUUCAAAAGAAGCUUAAGAAUUCUUAAGUGGAUGUUUGUAAGCUGAAGAAAAAGAUAGAUUAUCAUGGGAUGAUAUAUAUAGACAUCCACUCUUUAAAGGACAUUUUACUGAUUUCAUUAAAAAUGUGAGCAUUUUAGAAGAUAAAGCUACUUAUCUUAUUAAUGAUAUUAGAUAAAUGAUUCUCAAAGAAUAAUUAGAUAUUGGAGAAUUGUUUGCUGAAUUAGAUAUGACUAAAGAUAAAGCAUUGAAUGUUAAUCAAUUAGGAAAGUUUUUAUAAAAAGUUGAUAAAAAUUUAACAAGAGAAGAAAUUGAAUAUAUAUUUAAUAAAUUUGAUGAAGAUGGUAAUAAUUUAAUUGAGUUUAAUGAAUUUAAAAAAUGGCUUGAAGAAAAUGAUGUAAAUUUAUCUUACAAUAUUUAUAAAUUAGUGUAGAAUGACUGCAUCAGAAAUCAGUAGAACAAAUAAGAAAGUUAGCAUUCUCCUUAAACCUUAAUAAGAUAUCUAAGCAGGAUCACUUGAUGAUAGAGUUAGAAUUGUUAUUGAAAAAUUAAAAACUUCAAUUGUUAAGUACAAUAUCAACCUCUUAGAUUUAUUUAAUAAGGUAAUAUUGCUUGUUUUUUAUUCAAGUAUGAUAAAUCCGCAAAUCAUGAGCUCGAUGUUUUAGAAUUAGGCAAAUUGUUAAAACGUAUUGAUUCUUCUGUUACUGAUGAAGAAUGUAAAUACAUUUUUAGCUUUUUUGAUCACAAUAAAGAUGGAUCCGUAUCAUUUAAUGAAUUCGAAUUUGUACUGAAAGAAUGCUUAGUUAAAUAAAAACUUAAACAGCAAUAAUGAUGAUUCAUCUACCAAAAAUAAAAUAAAAUUAAAUUAUUAUAGUAC